AUGGCCAAUGAUUUUGCGGAACGAGAUCAUAAAGUAGAAAAUGAGCAGAAGGAAAUAAGGGGUGGGAUCAUGGGUGAGGGCCAGGAGCUCUCCGAGGAAGAUGAUGAGUCACAGAUUAGCAAGGACGGACAGUUGGUUCAGGUCCAGACUCAUGGGAAUGGUGUCAUGCAGAGGCAACAGCACCGGUCUCAAGGGCCUUCGGUUCACUGGGAGAGGUUCUUGCCUCUUCGGUCUCUAAAGGUUCUGCUUGUGGAGAACGAUGAUUCAACCCGCCAUAUUGUCAGUGCAUUGCUUAAAAAUUGUGGAUAUAAAGUGAUGUCACCCCAUGAUUCCAUAAAUAUAGUCUUUAAGUGUUUGUCAAAGGGUGCAGCUGAAUUUUUAGUGAAGCCUAUUCGAAAGAACGAGCUUAGAAACCUUUGGCAACAUGUUUGGAGGAAGUGCCACAGCGCUAGUGGCAGUGGGAUUGAGAGUGCUGUACAGACUCAGAAAUCCACUCAGUCAAAAAGUGCUGAGGAGUCCGAUAACAGCAAUGAUGAGGAUGGCUAUGGAAGCAUCGGUUUGAAUGCAAGGGAUGGAAGUGGUACCCAGACUUCCUGGACAAAGGAGGCGGUUGAAGUUGACAGUCCCAAACCAGUGUCACCAUGGGACCAGGUGGUUGAUCCUCCUGAUAGGACAUGUGCCCAAGUUAUUCAUUCAAAGCCCGAGGAGGGUGACAACAACUGGGUGCCUGUGGCUGCAACAACGAAGCGUGGAGAGCAGGAUGAUGAAGUUGAAAAUAUUGCCAUGGGUAAGGAAUUCGCGAUGGGCGUACCUAGAAUUCCAAACUUGCAGCUUAAACAUCCAAGCAAAAAGGUACCGACCAAAAAGGCUGGCAAUAACGGAGAGAAAUUCCCUGAAAUAAAAUCAAAGCAGGACGGUGGGCAAAUAGAGAAGGGACAGCUGGAGCUCAACCGUGAGAAACACAAAGCAGAAUUGAGAAAUCAAGGCAAUGAUAAAAAUGGUGUCAUCAUUAACGAUACUAAUCCUCAGAUUGAAAGUGUAGUAGACAUCCCAAAUGGCCUCUCCUCUUGCAAAAAAAAUGAAGCCAUCUAUGAGACCAAGGAGAUGCCUUCUCUGGAGCUGAGUUUGAAAAGGUUGAGAGAUAUUGGAGAUACUGGGACCAGUUACCAUGACCGAAACGUUCUGAGACAUUCAGACCUAUCAGCAUUCUCAAGGUAUAAUUCUGCUUCAGCCGCUAAUCAAGCUCCCACAGGGAAUGUAGGUAGCUGUUCUCCACUUGACAAUAGUUCAGAGGCAGAAAAAACAGAAUCAAUGCAAAAUCUUCAAUCUAACUCAAAUAGCACGCCUCCUAAUCAGCAUUCCAAUGGAAGCAGUAGCAACAACGAUAUGGGCUCUACAAAUAAUAAUGCGUUCACAAAACCAUUAGUAAUCAGUGACAAGCCAGCACCCAAAUCGACAGUUAAAUGGCUCUAUCCCUCUUCUGCCUUCCAGCCAGUGAAGAAUGACCAUGCACCUCUUCCUCAGUCCAUACAGGAUAAGAGCGAUGCUGCAAUCAGUAACGCAAUUUCGAUUCAAUCAAGAGGCAAGAACCAGCAAGUCCAGGUGCAGCACCAUUAUCACCAUUAUCAUCAUUACCAUCAACAUGUUCAUAACUCAUCCCAGCUGCAGAAGCAAGCCAAUCAUGAUGAUUUGUACUUACAAAAUAUGGCGGCGGCAGCUCCCCAGCAUGGAUCAUUCAACAUGUUGAGCACGCCCUUGGAAGGUAAUGCUGGUAAUUACAUUUCGAAUGGACGUGUCUCAGGAAGUGACCAUGGAAGCAUCGACCAGAAUAGAAGCAGCACCGCUUUGAAUCCCAGAGGAAUAAAUAUGAAGAACAAUAACGGGGCAGCUGGGGAGGGCGGAACUCCCGGAGCAAGUAGUGUAAUUGGGAGCAGGGCUGGAGUUGGUCAAAACCGCUUUGCACUGAGAGAGGCUGCUUCGAUCAAAUUCCGCCAGAAGAGAAAAGAGAGAUGCUUUGAGAAGAAGGUUCGAUACCAAAGUAGGAAAAAGCUGGCAGAACAAAGACCCCGGAUUCGAGGACAAUUUGUGCGACAAGUGGCACAUGAACAUAAAGAUAAAGAUGAUGAUGCCCGUAGCUAA